AUGUCCUCCACCAACGGGACGGUUCUUGUCUCUGGCCCCAACGUCAUCCAGACGCAGGACUUCUACGUCAAGGCUGGCGUCCUUCACCCCUUCAUCAUCGGCUCCAUUGCCGUUAUCACCCUCUUCGUCUACCUCCGCUUGGGCAGCAACCGCUCCAUUGCGCCCUUCACCGUAUUCGACUGGGUCGUCAAUGUCGCCCUCGGCAGCACCCUCGCGGGCAUCGUCAACGGCAACUCCCUCGUGCGCGGGCUCCUCGCGCUGGCCACGAUGCUGACCUUCCAGUACCUCAUCUCCAUGUUCUGCACGCGCUUCGAGCGGCUCGAGUGGCUGGUCCAGGGACAGCCGCUGGUGCUGGUCUUCCGGGGGAAGAUGCUGCAGAGCGUGAUGCACAAGCACCGCAUCUCGUGCGGCAACCUGAACGCGGCGCUGAGGCAGAACGGGGUGGCGAACAUCUGCCUGGUGGAGUGCGCGAUUGUCGAGCCGAACGGGAGCAUCAGCGUAUUCACGACGAAGGAGCUGGAGAACGCGGGCGUGAGCCCGGAUACGCUGUUGGCGGUGACGGCGUAUAAGGCGCUGUGUGAGCAGCUCGAGGAGACACUGGGAUCCGGCACGGACGGAGGCAAGAACGAGGAGGAAGCCGGCAGGGACCGCGAUCACGAACGGCGACGCGCAGAAUCCGAACGGCGACGCGCAGAAGCUGCCAACAGGGACCGCAAUCGCGAACAGCGACGCGCAGAAUCCGAGCGGCGACGUGCAGAUCAAGCCGAAUACCAGUCAAGAUCGACCACGCUUAUCGAGUACAUCCGCGAAACCCAUCGACUCCUUGAACUGAAUGUCACCACGGAGUCCGACAAGAGUCUCACGUCCAAGGGUACUAUCACCAAUCCCCGAAGCAAGUAUGUGCCCUCGAUACUGUCCGCCUGGCGGAAUUUCUUGGAGACGCAGAGCAGGAUUCUAGGAAGACUAUACUCGACAUUUCCAGCCGACAGGAGAGCUUUCGAAAGCGUGGGAUUCCUCCAAGGCCUCGGAGAGCGUGUCGCAGGCAGGCCGGUCGCGAACGAGAAGGACCUCGAGCAUACCCAGCAGAAUAUCGUCGAAGAGCCCGUAGCGAAGAUCAUCGAGAUCCUCAGGAGCGACCAUACGACCCUGCGUCAAUUCGACCUCGGCGGCGGCAUAGUGUUCGACAACCACCCGAAUGGCCUUAGCGAUGGCGCCGAAGGGCCGUCUCAGCGGCGUGCACGCCACAAAGGGAACCAACUCUAUGCCGACCAGAGAACAAGCCACUACACAAACACAUCUUCGUCUGGGUCUUCGGCGAUGAUCCGAAUGCAAUACGGUCUUCCACACCGCAACACAGACGACAUUGACCUGGUCGUGCAGCCAACGGACAGUAUCACCGCCGAGAGCAUAUCAACGUGGCUCUUACAGAGCUAUCCGACGGCAUUCGUGACAAAGUCUGUUCAUGGCGUGUUGGUUCCGGCUCUGAGGUUCCAGCGAUCCGAUGGAUCAGUGAAAAACUUUGAAAUCGAGAUAUUCGACGUCGGGGCCUGGCCUCAACGUUCUCAGUACGAUCUCAGCAACCCCGCCAACGAGGUCGUUCGGAUCCUCAUCUCUGGGUUCGAAGUUCCUGUCUUUAGUGCUCGGUGGCUUCUGAGGGAGAAGAUCGUUACGGCCCUUGAAAGGCAAGGAAGCAGGAAAGAACGCACGGACUUGGAAGAUGCGUGUGCUCUUGUCCAGGUUGUCGACAUAACCAGUCUCGACUUAACAGGGCAUGCCGAAGCCGUCCAGCAUAUACUGACUAAGAAGCCUGACUACCGUCAGCAGCUGGAGCUUAAGAUUAUUUGUCCGGAUGUUCUAGGGCGUUCGUGGACAUGGAAUGAGAGUGCUGGAGUAUACUGGCGCCUCGAGGGGGACCAGCUGCGUUACAUGGACGAUGAGGUGAAGCGGCACAAGUUCAAGUGGGAGGCAACUGCAGGAGUCCGGUACUUCAAAGUAAGUAGCGGCACAUGGUACUACAACGGCGAUGAUGGCGACAUUGCCUUCUGGGGUUGA